AUGACUCGUGGCCGACCCGCCAAGACCUCCCCACCUGCUCUUUCGGCUUCGCUCUAUGGAAACCGCACACUAAAAUUAUGGAGGAUCCAUCAGUUGCCUUCACCACCGUCUACAUCGAGCGCGAAUGAUUCCAGAUCGGCCAACCGGGUUUAUGCUCGAAGGCCGAUUCCGUUUUCAACGACUCAUCUAGGAGCAUACACCUGGUCCCCCUUCGUCGUCAAGCUCGAGGCGCGCCUGCGCUUUUCUCACCUGCCAUACACCACAGAGGACUGCCCAUCGUCCUCAUCUAUCUGCACAUAUGGCAGUUUCCCCUUCGGCGACGCUGUGAGCGUCCCUACCUGUCUGCCCAGCGACUCUGCACUGAUCACAAAAUCGUUGAUAAAAUCCGCAGCCAUCACAGACUUAAACGCAGACCUAUCCCCCGCGGAAGCAGCGACCGACCUCGCCAUCCGCUCCCUGUUGGAAGACAAACUCUACUUCCUAAAUGGCCACGAACACUGGAUCACCAAUUUCUACACCAUGCGCGACAUCGGUCCUCUAUCCACCAUCCCCUGCCUCCCCCGACUCAUCAUCGGCCAAAUCGUCUAUAGCAAAAUAACACGCACACUCCACGGCCAGGGCACUGGACGGUACUCGCCUGCUGAGAUCGCAGCGCUGAGGCUAGAGACCUGGAUGGCGCCUCAUGCGUUGGUGGGGGAGGGGUGGGUUUUGGGUCUGGAUGGGCCGACGGAUGUGGAUGCGUUUUUGUUUGGGUUUUUGGUGUCGUCGUUGACUGCUUCUGCGAAUCCGGAGACGAAGGCGAUAAUUCAGGGGCUCCCCUAUUUGAUGGGUUAUGCGGAGAGAGUGCAUGAGUACUUUUCCGGUUAUAAAAUGUGGGAAUGAAAUGGUCUUCUGGGUGUGGAGUUACUGCUUCCUUCCCCUUUACGCAUGUAUUAUCUAGCAUUUUAGCUGUUAGCUGUAUCGACAAUUGUGAAGCAACCCUCCUCUAUCAAUAAACUCAUCAGCCGCGAUCCUCGCGCACCAAUCCUUCAUCCGCCCUACUGCCGGGGCAUAUCAAACGAAGCCAAGGACAUCUCCAUCUGCAGUCCAAAUAGUAGUUCCAUACCGGAGAAAGGGCGCCUGCCGAAUCCUGGCCCAUGUAUAGCCAGAUCGUAAAUACCCACUGUUCCUCAACUCGCUGGAACGAGGUGACUUUGAAGCUUGCCUCUAUGAGAUCUGUAUCAGAUGAGACCAAGAAAACGAAUUCGUCAGUUCGGCGACCCUUGGAGGGAGUUAGUCUUUGGAUGGACCUAGUUCUCUGGCCUCGUGUCGGUUUCGCAGCGAGAUUGGGGCGUGGACGGCCUAUCCUCCUGACAGUAGAAUACUCCUAUAUUCCCCGCUUUCUGCGGAAGCCUUUCUAUAUCGAUGCUUCGGUGUCGAAGUAUAACGACUAGAUAGUUCUGCCAAUACAUAACCUCUGUAAUCGAUAUCCCUAUCUCCCGAAAGUGGUUCCGGAUAAUAAUAAACAGAGGCUUCCAAUCCACCAUAUCCCUCCUAUCCAGGCCCCCACCAAUCGCACCAUUGCGCAUCCCGACUCUCCACCCAAAGGGCCUCGGCAUAUACUGCGGCGCCAUCCCUGGGGCGAAGUACGGCGGAAGGCGUGCGACUGAUUUUGGCCACGGCUUGGGUGGCAUCUCUGUCUGGAGGAAGUAAACAACCAUGCCGUCCGUCGAAGCCCAUAGUUCCCCGGGAAUAAGUUUUCUUAGCUCGGGUUUAUAUAACGCUUCGGGGUCAGUUCCACCACUGUGGCACUGUGAGAUGCCAUGUUAGUUGGAGAUGAGGUGGGUGAUUGAAAUCGUGGUUGUGCGGGAUGGGAUUUGUGAAUAUAGGAUCGUCUGAUAAUAACUGGCCAGCUUUUUUGCCCACGUGAAGUUGCUACCUCAUACGAUACUUCGCCGUUUUAGCGUGCAACUUACAGCUGAAGCACUAAACAAGCUUCUCUUUGGCUCCGUAGCUAGAGUAACGGUUGGCUUUGAUAUUACAGUUGCCAAUAUGAGUAAUUCGUUUCUCAAAGCCUGUUCUCAUUCUGCUUUUCUAUCAGCACCAUUAUUCACUUCGAAAACAGUGUUAGCGACUAAUUCAGAGAACCAGCA